CAAGCCCUUGUUGCACCGCGUUCACCGCUUACAAAAAUAAUAAUAUUAUUAUUUCAUUUUAGUUCUUGUUUACACUGGUAAACCUGUUACCACUGGGUACAAUUACUUUUAACACUCACCCUGACAUUACACAAUGGAAGUUACGAGAAAAAACUUCCAAGAGGCGUUGCCUCUAGUUGGUGCAUCAAUACACAAGGCAGACUUUUUAGUAAUAGAUGCAGAAUUUACGGGACUAAUAAAUGGACGGGACGUGACUAUAUUCGAUUCCCCUCAGGAAUAUUAUACCACAUUAUUGAACGGGUCGACCGACUUCUUGUUAAUACAGUAUGGGCUAAGCGCUUUCUGUUGGGAUGAAGCAAAGAAACAGUAUACAAAUGAAUCGUACAAUUUUUAUUUAUUUCCGCGAGGCCGACCUGGGCCAGAGAAAAUGUUUUUGUGCCAAAGUUCCAGUUUAGACUUUUUGAGUGCACAGGGAUUUGAUUUCAAUAAAUUGAUUAAAGAAGGUAUAUCAUAUAUGACAGAGCCUACAGAGACUAGGCUAAGGGAAAACUUGACAGAUCGACAAAGCAGAAGCAGUGACAAAGAAUCUAUUAUGAUUCCAGAAGAAAACAGAAGUCAGAUUGAGGGUAUAUGUAAGAAAGUACGGGAGUUUCUGGAUGACGCAACAGCACAAGAAAUGGAGAUAGAUCGGUGCAACGCGUUCAUUAGGCGCUUGUUGUUCCAAGAGCUCGGCACACGGUUUAAGACGGAGGCAUUUGUUGAAUCUAAAGUAUUAGAAAAUAAGAAUAGGGUGUUAAAAGUGACUAAAUUGAAAUCAGCCACUGACGUCAAAGAUCUGGACACACAGAGGAAAGAAAAGGAGUGGGAGGAGUUUAAUGAAGCAGUGGGUUUCUCACAUGUUGCCAGGAUGAUCAGCCAAUCAAGAAAGCUAGUGGUGGGCCACAACAUGUUGCUGGAUGUGCUACACACGCUGAACCACUUCUUCCAGCCACUGCCAGCAGACUAUGCUUCCUUUAAGGAGUUCACACAUUGCAUGUUCCCCAGGUUAUUAGACACUAAGUACAUGUCGAGUCUGCCCCCAUUUAAAGAUAAAGUGAACUCUACUGUACUGCACCAUUUGCUCGCCACGCUGGCGGAGGCGCCGUUCUCACUGCCAAUGGCUGAAUCUGAAGAGGGUCGCGGCUACAAGCGAGCCGAUGAGAAGCUACACGAGGCGGGCUACGACGCCUACAUUACCGGCCUUUGCUUCCUCGCAAUGCACGCACAUCUAGCGCGCAUGCGCGGGGAACAUUGCCACAGAGUCAGUUUCAUGAACUCCCUGUUACUGAAGCCGUUCAUCAACAAGCUGUUUCUGGCUAAGACCGCUAAUCAAGACUCACCAUAUAUGAAUUUGGCAGGAGCCGAUCCAACGCCGUCCAGAGACCACGUGUUCCAUCUUAAGUUUCCCAAAGAGUGGCAAAGGAAUGAUAUCAAUCAGUUAUUCAGCUCGUACGGUCAAAUAACAGUGCAGUUUCUGGACGAAACGUCGGCGUUGGUGGGCCUGACGAGAAGAGACCUCGCCAAGACAGUAGCGCGGGCCUUCGCUAACAGCAGCCGGAUAACCUUGGUGCCAUACCUCAAGUACAAGGCGCUUACUAACAAGACUGCGAACCCGUUGGAGCGGCGCGAAGAAACGUCUGAAAAGUUCGCCAAAUUAUACCCAGACAACACUCCAAGCGCCCGCCGAGGUAAUGUAAGCAAUUCCACCACGGCUGGGUCGCCGGAGGUGAACCGCAGCCGGGCGCCAGAGGUGUCGCCUGCGCCUGCGCCGGCGCAGGCAGCUCGCAAGAGGUCUUCGUCCGGCGUGUUCCAGAUCGAAGACAGCGAACCCCCGCCAAAGAAGACAGAAGUCACCGAAGAAAAUACAGGAGGUCGAGUCUGCUCUACAGCCAUGUCAAACGGACGUAAGAAACGCAGUGAGAGCGAGAAGGAAAAGAUCAAGGAGAGAAAACAAGAGAAAGAAAUAGUCAUUAAUACUUGUAGUUUUAACAGUGACAGACCAGUUGAAUGCGUUGCCGCAUUCAAAGAGAGCGAUAGUUGGGACUAAUAUAAUGAAAUUGAUGUAAAA